GUCCCAGCGAGGGCCGAGCCGGGCGGUGGGAGGAAGUCAGGAUGGUGGGGGAGCGGCGUCCCGGGGACCUCGUGGUGCCCUUGGGGCCCCGGCUGCAAGCGUAUCCUGAAGAACUUCUUCGACAGCGGCCUGGGCGUGAUGGGCACCCUGAAUACCUGAUCCGAUGGAGUGUCCUGAAGUGUGAGGAAGUGGGAAGAGUGGGUGUGGAAGAGGGCAAGGCAGAGCACAUCCUCAUGUGGCUGUCAGCCCCCGAGGUCUACGCCAACUGCCCCAUGUUGUUAGGUGAGCGGGCAUUAUCUAAGGGACCUCAGCAUGAAACAGCUGGGGGUUCUGGAAGCUUUCGCCGAGAUCCGGGAGGCCUGGAUGAUGUGGCAAUGGGAGAGAUGGAGGCUGAUGUGCGGGCGCUGGUGCGCAGGGCUGCCAGGCAGCUGGCAGAAGGUGGGACCUCGAGCCUCACGGCUGCUGUGCUCCACACCAUCCACGUGCUCAGCGCCUACGCCAGCAUCGGGCCCCUCACUGGUGUCUUCAGGGAGACAGGCGCCCUAGACCUGCUCAUGCACAUGUUGUGCAACCCUGAGCCUCAGAUCCGUCGGAGUGCGGGCAAGAUGCUGCAGGCUCUGGCAGCCCAUGAUGCUGGGAGUCGGGCUCACGUCCUUCUGUCACUGAGCCAGCAAGAUGGCAUCGAGCAGCACAUGGAUUUUGACAGCCGCUAUACUUUGCUGGAGCUGUUUGCAGAGACCACGUCUUCUGAGGAGCACUGCGUGGCCUUUGAGGGCAUUCAUCUGCCUCAGAUCCCAGGAAAGCUGCUCUUCUCCCUGGUGAAACGCUACCUAUGUGUCACUUCCCUGCUGGAUCAGCUGAAUAACAGUCCAGAGCCAGGGACUGGAGACCGAGGCUCCCGACCCUCAAGGGAGGAUUUUGGCCAGGAGAAAAGCCGGGGGCAGCGGGAGCUGGAGUUCAGUAUGGCUGUGGGCAACCUAAUCUCAGAGCUCGUGCGGAACAUGGGCUGGGCCCGGAACCUCAGUGAACAGGCCGCAUCGCCACCCCGGCCAACCCGGUCCAUCUUUCAGCCUGGGAUUUCAGGCCCCAGCCUUUUACUCCCCACCAACGUCGCCACCCCCAGGAGGCAAGGGCGGGCCUUCCGCCAGCGCGCUGAAUUCUCUAGCCGUAGUGGCUACGGCGAGUACGUGCAGCAGACCCUGCAGCCGGGCAUGCGAGUGCGGAUGCUGGAUGAUUACGAGGAGAUCAGUGCCGGGGACGAGGGCGAGUUCCGGCAGAGCAACAAUGGCGUGCCCCCUGUGCAGGUCUUUUGGCAGUCAACGGGCCGUCCCUACUGGGUGCACUGGCACAUGGUGGAGAUCCUGGGCCCUGAGGAAACUGCUGAGGAUAUGGCUUCAGCAGCUGUGGAGAAGGGGGCGGGGACCGCUGUGUUGGGCACAGCACUUCCCUCCUGGGACUGGAAGCCGGUGGAUGGGCUCUACUCUUUGCCGUACCUCCAGCCCGAGCCUCAGAAGAACGAGGAACUGGGAUACCUGACCCAGGCUGAGUGGUGGGAACUCCUCUUCUUCAUCAAGAAGUUGGAUAUAUGUGAGCAGCAGCCAAUUUUCCAGAAUCUUCGGGAGAACCUGGAUGAGACCCUGGGUGAGAAGGCCCUAGGUGAAAUCUCCGUGCCCAUAGCGAUGGCUGAGGGUCUGCUGCAGGUUCUCAGUAAUCGGUUUGAGGGCAGCGCCCUCAGCGACCUGCUCAACUCUCAGAUCUACACCAAGUACGGGCUGCCACCCAAGGCACUGAGCAGCUCGUCUUCUUCACGAAGUCACUCCAGUUCUCCAGAUCUGGAAGAGGAGUCCAAGUCAGAGGCCAACUUCUCAGAGGAAGAGGCUGAGUCCCCUAAAGCAAAGCCCCUUAAGUUAGAGGCAGAGCCUGCCAGGGGAAAAACUGAGCCCCCCAUGGCACAGAGUGAUUCGCAGCUGUUUAACCAGCUUCUGGUGACUGAGGGGAUGGCUCUGCCCGCCGAGAUGAAGGAGGCAGCCAGUGAAAUGGCUACAGCCUUGCGGGGUCCUGGGCCACGCAGUUCCCUGGAUCAGCAUGUGGCAGCGGUCGUGGCCACUGUGCAGAUAUCCAGCUUGGACACAAAUCUGCAGCUUUCGGGACUCUAUGCCCUCUCUCAGGCCGUGGAAGAAGUCACUGAACGUGACCACCCUCUGGUCAGUCCCGACAGAUCCCUAAGAGAGAAGCUAGUGAAGACGCUGGUGGAGCUGCUGACCAACCAGGUGGGAGAGAAGAUGGUGGUGGUGCUGGCCCUGCGCCUCCUCUACGUGCUCAUGACCAAGCAUGAGUGGCGCCCACUCUUCGCCAGGGAGGGUGGCAUCUACGCUGUGCUGGUUUGCAUGCAAGAAUAUAAGACUUCUGUCUUGGUGCAGCAGGCAGGGCUGGCGGCGCUGAAGAUGCUGGCCAUUGCCAGCUCCUCGGAGAUCCCCACUCUUGUUGCCGGCCGAGAUUCCAUCCACCCUUUGUUUGAUGCCCAGAUGACCAGGGAGAUCUUUGCCAGCAUUGACUCGGCCACACGCCCGGGCGCUGAGAGCCUGCUCCUCGCCGUCCCUGCUGCCGUGAUCCUGAUGCUGAACACGGAGGGGUGCUCCUCCGCGGUGAGAAACGGCCUGCUCCUCCUCAACCUGCUUUUGUGUAACCACCACACUCUGGGAGACCAGAUCGUAACCAGAGAGCUGAGAGACACCUUGUUUAGACACUCAGGGAUAGCACCGGGGACAGAAGCCACACCCACCACACGCACCAUCCUCAUGAUGCUUCUCAAUCGCUACUCGGAGCCACCGGGCAGUCCCGAGCGUGCAGCACUGGAGACGCCUGGCGCCCAGGGCCAGGAUGGGUCCCCUGAGCUGCUGAUCCGAUCCCUGGUGGGGGGCCCAUCUGCAGAGCUCCUCCUGGACUUGGAGCGUGUGCUGUGCCGAGAGGGCAGUCCAGGGGGUGCCGUGAGACCUCUCCUCAAGCGCCUCCAGCAGGAGAGCCAGCCCUUCCUCCUGUUUCUGCGGACUCUGGAUGCCCCCGGGCCCAACAAAACUCUGCUGCUGACGGCGCUGAGGGUCAUGACCCGGCUGCUGGAUCACCCGGAGGCCAUGGUCCUUCCCUGGCACGAGGUCUUGGAGCCCUGCCUCAACUGUCUGAGUGGCCCUAGCAGUGACUUUGAGAUUGUUCAGGAGCUGCUCUGCUUCCUGUAUCGCCUGGCCUCCAUGCACAAAGACUAUGCAGUGGUGCUCUGCUGCCUGGGAGCCAAAGAGGCCCUGGUCAAAGUCCUGGACAAGCACUCGGCUCAGCUGCUGCUGGUCUGUGAGCUGCGGGACCUAGUGACAGAGUGUGAGAAACACGCCCAGCUCUAUAGUAACCUCACCUCCAGCAUCCUGGCUGGCUGCAUUCAGAUGGUGCUGGGCCAGAUCGAAGACCACAGACGAACCUACCGCCCCAUCAACAUCCCCUUCUUUGACGUGUUCCUCAGGCAUCUCUGCCAGGGCUCCAGCGUGGAGGUGAAGGAGGACAAGUGCUGGGAGAAGGUGGAGGUGUCCUCCAACCCGCACCGGGCCAGCAAGCUGACGGACCGCAACCCCAAGACCUACUGGGAGUCCAACGGCAGCACCGGCUCCCACUACAUCACCCUACACAUGCACCGUGGUGUUCUUAUUAGGCAGCUGACUCUUCUGGUGGCCAGCGAGGACUCAAGUUACAUGCCGGCCAGGGUGGUGGUGUUUGGGGGUGACAGUGUCAGCUGCAUCAGCACGGAGCUCAACACGGUGAACGUGAUGCCCUCUGCCAGCCGGGUGGUCCUCCUGGAGAACCUGAACCGUUUCUGGCCUGUCAUCCAGAUCCGCAUAAAGCGCUGCCAGCAGGGCGGCAUCGACACCCGGGUUCGGGGCGUGGAGGUCCUGGGCCCCAAGCCCACUUUCUGGCCACUAUUCCGAGAGCAGCUGUGUCGCCGUACAUGUCUCUUCUACACAAUUCGGGCGCAAGCCUGGAGCCGGGACAUUGCAGAGGACCGCAAGCGCCUCCUCCAGCUCUGCCCCAGACUGAACAGGGUUUUGCGUCACGAGCAGAAUUUUGCCGAUCGAUUCCUCCCUGACGACGAGGCCGCCCAAGCACUGGGCAAGACCUGCUGGGAGGCCCUGGUCAGCCCCCUGGUGCAGAACAUCACCUCCCCGGAUGUGGAAGGUGUGAGCUCCCUGGGGUGGCUGCUGGAUCAGUACUUAGAGCAAAGAGAGAGCUCUCGGAAUCCCCUAAGUCGAGCAGCAGCCUUUGCCUCUCGAGUCCGUCGCCUUUGCCACUUGCUGGUGCACGUGGAGCCUCCUCCUGGGCCUUCUCCUGAGCCGUCCACUCGGCCCUUCAGCAAGAACAGUAAGGGUCAGGACCGGAGCCCUGGGCCUUCACCAGUUCUUCCAAGCAGCAGCCUGAGGAACAUAACCCAGUGCUGGCUGAGUGUGGUGCAGGAGCAGGUCAGCAGGUUCCUGGCUGCGGCCUGGAGGGCGCCAGACUUCGUGCCCCGCUACUGUAAACUCUACGGGCGCUUGCAGAGAGCAGGCUUGGAGCUCUUUGGGCCCCGAGCAGCCUUCAUGCUGGCCCUGCGCAGCGGCUUCUCGGGUGCCUUGCUACAGCAAUCCUUCCUCACCGCUGCCCACAUGAGUGAGCAGUUCGCCAGGCACAUCGACCAGCAGAUCCAGGGUGGCCUGAUGGGUGGAACUCCUGGAGUGGAAAUGCUGGGGCGGCUCCAGUGGCACCUGGAGCCCAUCAUGGUCCUCUCUGGCCUGGAGCUGGCCACGACUUUUGAGCACUUCUACCAGCACUACAUGGCGGACCGUCUCCUGAGCGUGGGCUCGAGCUGGCUGGAGGGGGCCGUGCUGGAGCAGAUCGGCCCCUGCUUCCCCAACCGCCUCCCCCAGCAGAUGUUGCGGAGCCUGAGCACCUCGGAGGAGCUGCAGCGCCAGUUCCACGUGUACCAGCUCCAGCGACUUGAUCAGGAACUCCUGAAGCUGGAGGACACAGAGAAGAAAAUACAGGUCUCUCAGGAGGAAGAGGAGGAAGAGGAGGCUGAGAAAGAACUAUUUAUCGAAGAUCCAAGUCCAACAGUUUCUGUACUGGUCCUGUCACCACGCUGCUGGCCGGUCUCUCCACUCUGCUACCUGUACCAUCCCAGAAAGUGCCUUCCCACAGAAUUCUGUGAUGCCCUUGACCGCUUCUCCAAUUUCUACAACCAGAGUCAGAACCAUCCAGUCCUGGACAUGGGACCACAUCGGCGACUGCAGUGGACAUGGCUGGGCCGGGCUGAGCUGCAGUUUGGGGACCAGACCCUCCAUGUGUCCACCGUGCAGAUGUGGCUGCUGUUGAAUUUCAAUCAGACGGAGGAGGUGUCAGUAGAGGCUUUGCUGAAGAAUUCUGACCUCAGCCCCAAGCUGCUGCUCCAGGCACUCCUGCCCCUCACUGCUGACAGCGGCCCUUUGACCCUGCAGGAGGGUCAGGACUUCCCAUGUGGGGGUGUGCUGCAGCUCCGUGAGCCUGGGCUCUGGCCCCACGGGGAGGCCCUGUGGCUGCUACCUCCCCAGACGUACCUGAACGUAGAGAAGGAUGAGGGCCAAACCCUGGAGCAGAAGAGGAACCUCUUGAGCUGUCUUCUUGUCCGUAUUCUCAAAGCCCACGGAGAGAAGGGCCUCCACAUCGACCAGCUGGUUUGUCUGGUGCUGGAGGCCUGGCAGAAGGGUCCAAAUCCCCCUGGCAGCCUGGGCCGUGCUGUUGCCGGGGGCGUGGCCUGUACCAGCACCGAUGUCCUCUCUUGCAUCCUGCACCUCCUGGGCCAGGGCUACGUGGAACGACGGGAUGACCGCCCCCAGAUCCUGAUGUAUGCCAGCCCAGAGCCCAUGGGGCCCUGCCGAGGUCAGGCAGAGGUCCCCUUAUGUGGCAGCCAGACCUCCGAGACCUGCAAGCCUAGCCCGGAAGUUGUGGCUGCCCUAGCAUCCCUACAGCUGCCUGCGGGCCGCACCAUGAGCCCCCAGGAGGUGGAGGGGUUGAUGGAGCACACGGUGAGGCAGGUGCAGGAGAUGCUGAACCUAGAGCCAGACGUGGCUCAGCACCUUCUGGCUCAUUCCCAUUGGGGCGCCGAACAGCUGCUGCAGCGCUACAGCGAUAACCCCGAGCCACUGCUGCUGGCGGCCGGGCUGUGCGUCCCCCAGGCCCAGGCUGCCCCUGCACGCCCGGACCACUGCCCUGUGUGUGUCAGCCCCCUGGAGCCCGACGACGACUUGCCCUCUCUGUGCUGCAUGCACUACUGCUGUAAGUCUUGCUGGAAGGAGUACCUGACAACUCGAAUUGAGCAGAACCUUGUGCUGAACUGCACCUGCCCCAUUGCCGACUGCCCCGCCCAGCCCACGGGGGCCUUCAUUCGCACCAUCAUCUCCUCGCCAGAGGUCAUCUCCAAGUACGAGAAGGCCCUCCUGCGUGGCUACGUGGAGAGCUGUGCCAACCUGACCUGGUGCACCAACCCCCAGGGCUGCGACCGCAUCCUGUGCCGCCAGGGCCUGGGCUGUGGGACCAGCUGCUCCAAGUGUGGCUGGGCCUCCUGCUUCAACUGUAGCUUCCCUGAGGCACACUACCCUGCCAGCUGUGGCCACAUGUCUCAGUGGGUGGACGAUGGUGGCUACUACGAUGGCAUGAGCGUGGAGGCCCAGAGCAAGCAUCUGGCCAAGCUCAUCUCCAAGCGCUGUCCCAGCUGUCAGGCUCCCAUCGAGAAGAACGAGGGGUGUCUGCACAUGACUUGUGCCAAAUGCAACCAUGGAUUCUGCUGGCGCUGCCUCAAGUCCUGGAAGCCAAAUCACAAAGACUAUUACAACUGCUCUGCCAUGGUAAGCAAAGCAGCUCGCCAGGAGAAGCGGUUCCAGGACUAUAAUGAGAGGUGUACUUUCCAUCACCAGGCCCGGGACUUUGCCGUGAACUUGCAGAACCGCGUGUCUGCCAUCCACGAGGUGCCCCCGCCCAGAUCCUUCACCUUCCUCAGCGACGCCUGCCGGGGUCUCGAGCAGGCUCGAAAGGUGCUGGCCUACGCCUGCGUGUACAGCUUCUACAGCCAGGACACGGAGCACGUGGACGUGGUGGAGCAGCAGACCGAGGCCCUGGAGCUGCACACCAACGCCCUGCAGAUCCUCCUGGAAGAGACCCUGCUGCGCUGCAGAGACCUGGGCUCCUCGCUGCGCCUCCUGCGGGCGGAGCACCUCAGCACGGGCCUGGAGCUGCUGCGGCGGAUCCAGGAGCGGCUGCUGGCCAUCCUGCAGCAUUCCACCCAGGAUUUCCGGGUUGGUCUCCAGAGCCCAUCAUCAGAGGCCCGGGAGGCGAAAGGAUCCAACGUGCCUGGCAGUCAGCCCCAGGGCUCCUCGGGGCUGCAGGUGGAGGAGGAGGAGGACGACGACGACGACGAGGAUGAUGUGCCUGAGUGGCAGCAGGAUGAGUUUGAAGAGGAGCUGGACAAUGACAGCUUCUCCUAUGACGAGGAGUCUGAGAACCUGGACCGAGAGACUUUCUUCUUUGGCGACGAGGAGGAAGACGACGAGGGCUACGAUUGA